AUGGCGAUGAACGGUGUGAAGAUGGAGGGCCUCAAACAAGACCCGGACUCUGGCUUCAUGGACGACGACUUCUACGAGGAUACUGGCGAGCUCAGCAUCCCGCCACCCCACAGCCUACAGGAAUUCUGGUUGACGCGGGUACCGGACUGGCUUCUGAAGGCGUGGGAGCAUGCCGGCGUUGACGACGAGAUCGAGAUUGGCAAGAUUGCAAUCAAGCGCAACACCAUGGGGAACGAGCAAAUGAAGAUGCUCCUCAACCCGGGCGCGCUCAACCUUGGCGUCGCCCCGAAAGACGUCAAGGACGAGCUCAAGGACAUCCCUCGCGAAUACAACGUGGCCCCGAUUUCGAACGCCGAUGACGUGAACACCUACAUAUUCACAGAGAAGGAUCUGCCAGGUUACAAGCCAGCGGCAUUCGGAAGAUCGCGCACAGACAUGGGAGGUCAAGGCCAGUACAGAGUGCAGAAGCCCAGAAGCAAGUUCAGGAAAGCCAUACCAAAACAUACCAGUCUUGUAGGAACACCGUCACGGAUACUCGAAUGCAUACCGGAGAACCUGAACGCCGACACGCAGAACUUCCUGGCCAAGCGCACCAAAAAGGCCAUUCAAGGCAAUAACUCAAAGACAAACAUCACAGACUUCUCUGCGCACAGCUACGCCGACGGCGAAAGGACCCAAAAGGCCUUUAUGAACUUUGUCGACGUUGGCGGCAAACGCAAGGCUCGUCAAGAGAACAAGGCUGCUCGUAUUCCGAAGAACGAGCUCCUCGACCAACUGCACAGGCUGUUCGACACGUACGAAUACUGGGCGAUGAAGGAACUCAAGAAGCGGACGCGCCAGCCAGAGGCAUACCUCAAGGAGACACUGAACGAGAUUGCCGCGCUGGUCAAGUCUGGACCAUACGCGGCCCACUGGAAGCGCAAUUCAGAUCUCAACCCCAACGCCAUCGUCGCCACCAUUGCGGACAAGCCCCCUGAGAGCAAGUCGGAUGAUGAUAUAGGAGAUGAAGAUGAGGACGAGAUGGAGGAUGUGGUGUAG